AUGGAGGAGAAGGGCUUUGUUCUCGAUACAAAAACGAUGCGGUCUCCUUUAAGGGACGCCAGUCACAGAAUCAACAAUUGUCUGACACCAACUACGGACCCAGGAGCAAUUAGGGACGGAAUAUAUUUCCUAACGUCACCGGACCAGAUGUCUCUCGUGGACAGCCCAGUGGCACCCAAGGGCAACGUGGAUAGACUCUGUAUCUCCCCGGCGGUUGACUGUACGCCUGGAUCAAAACGAAAUUCUGCCGUUUCUGCUGGCUCAAUUGUCUCAGGGAGGGGUAAGAGGAAAACUCAUGUAGGGCCAUGGCAGCUGGGUAGAACACUGGGGAGCGGGGCCACUGGCCGCGUGAGGCUGGCGAAGCAUGCUGUUACAGGACAAGCAGCAGCUAUCAAGAUUGUAUCCAAAAAGAGUGCCGCAAUCUCUCAGAGCGAUAGUAUUGCAGCGAUGGAUCGACAAGCGGGGAACUUUAUCGGAACGGGCACGAGGCAAAUGCCUUCUGGGAUUGAGCGUGAGGUAGUUAUCAUGAAGCUUAUCGAACAUGCGAACGUUAUAAGCUUGUAUGAUGUGUGGGAGAAUCGGGGAGAACUGUAUCUUGUGCUGGAAUACGUCGAAGGGGGUGAAUUAUUCGAUUAUGUCCAGACUCACGGGCCACUCCCAGAAGAGGAGGCAGUUCGUCUUUUUCGACAAAUAAUAGCCGGCCUCGGAUAUUGCCAUCGUUUCAACAUCUGCCACCGAGACUUGAAACCGGAAAAUAUUCUGCUGGACGCUAAUCACAAUGUCAAGCUGGCAGACUUUGGGAUGGCGGCUCUCCAACCAGCAGGGCACUGGCUUAACACCUCAUGUGGAAGCCCGCAUUAUGCAGCCCCAGAGAUUAUCUACGGCCGUAAGUAUCAGGGCGACAAAGCAGAUCUUUGGAGCUGUGGAAUUAUUCUCUACGCCUUGCUUACGGGUUUCCUGCCAUUCGACGGGGGCGAUGUCUGUACCACACUGAAGCUCGUGCGGAAAGGAGAUUAUGUUAUUCCACCAAACUUAAGCAGGGAAGCGGCAGACCUUAUCCAGCGUAUUUUGCAGAAAAGACCUGAUUCCAGGAUCCGUAUGGACGAUAUCUGGAAGCAUCCUCUCCUCAAGAAGUAUGAAAGGUUCCACCAGGCCAUAGCAAAUCAUUACAUCGGACCAGCAUCUCCUUUGCAACCUCAGGAUUAUGGGAUGCCAGUUGCGAAACACGACCUCGACGUCGAUCUUCUGAGGAACCUGCAAACACUUUGGCAUGACGUACGUCCAGAAGAACUGCUAGAGAGACUAUUGCGGCCGGAACCGACCCAGGAACGGAUGUUUUACAAUGCCCUGGUAAAGUUCAGGAACGAGCAACUGGAAAAUUACCAAGGUCAGCCCCUGGAAUACUCCGCUAGUGAUUAUCACCACAUAUCCAAGGGCCAAGUUCGACUGUCCAAGCACACCCGCAAUCGCUCACAAUGCGGUUCUUGGAGACGUUCCCAGUUUCCAGUCAUCAAAGAAACUGGUAAACGGAAGGCUUCCCAGAGAGAGCCAAUGUCAUCUGGCACUGUGCAAAGUUAUGACCCAUUCCGCUCUCCGAUCAAUCGACCAUCGGAUGAAUCACCCCAAUUCACUCGCAUAACUAUUCACCGCAACCAGUCCGAUGAGGCGUCAAAACAGACCCAACCAGAAGCCCCUCCUCCAUCAUCAAAUCCAUUUCUCGACCAUGGCAAUGGCGAACUAUAUUGCUCGCAGAGUCCUCCUUUCACAUUAGUACGGAAAAGGAAGAAAGGAAACUCCGUGAAGUCGCUCCAGUCCAAGGCUUCGUACUCAGGCUCACGCCGAGGACUAAACCCUAACUCGACACCUCGAUCUGCUAGCUACAAACGAAACGUCUGUUUCCGGCACAACCGGAACCGCUCGCACAGUUCAAUGUCUGUAAAAGCUCAAAAGACUGCAGGGAACAUUAAGGGACACCCCAGCGAAAAUAGUUUUAUAUCAACUUUUGAUGGCGAUCCGUUCUCGGAUCUACCGAGCAGUCCCAUGCUACCUGCUCAGCCAACUGUGGUCCGUGGGAUGGGAAUCACCAUAAAACAGUGCCCGCAGUCGAAGAGGGUCCGACAUUGUGAUAUUAUAUGGCGGGACGAAGCCCGUAAGGUUUCGCAUGAACUUAGUCAGAUCUGUGAAGAGGCGUUCAAUGGAAGCUCUAUGUCAACGGGCUGCACGGAUAGCACUUACCCAGAGCCAGAGACUCCAGCUACCUCUGUGUCGAUAACUAGCACGGGAGCAUCGAAUGAUCAUGUGGCUCGUGGAAUUUCUGCAGCAUGUCCUACACCUCAAAGUCCAGGUGGCUCGCCAAAAUUCACCUACCCAAGCACGGAACUUGCAGAGACGCGCCGCAAGCUCAUCGAGCACUCGAAGAAGGAUGGAUCUGGAGACCUUUCAGCAUGCGUCGCGACAUUAAUUGGCCACCUGGAUCGUCUUAUAGAACAUGACCAGGCGAUGCAACGUGGUAAACUGGCCCAAAAGGACGAGGCAUGGAGUUCGACGAACGAUCUGUAUGGCAAUGCCUCAAUGGAGCCGAAUCCGCUUCCUAUCAUCUCCGAAGAAAACCAAGGCUCUGCGGCCAAAACAGCUCAUAAAACCGCAGAUCCAAAGCUAGUACAGAAAUUUCCAAAUCCACAUGCGUCAACUAAUCGUCGAAGUCAUGUGGGCCAAGAAGGAAAACGUUCAGUCCGCAUGGUGCCUGAUAGUUCUUUGCACUCAAUUAAUGACCCGAAACCAUUGACUAUUCGCAAGACACGCCCCGAAUUUGAAAAAAAUGGUACCAAGUUUGAAGUUGACGAUGAAAACACUUUGACUCCACGCGCCCUGUCUUCCACCCAGGGCAGGAAUCCUUGUGGCUUGGAUCCCAUUGAUGAAGCACCAGUAUCACAACGGCCCAGCGACACCCGCACCUCCGACCACAAGAAAUGGUCCUGGUUUAGGAGAUCGCAGGCCUCCGAGGAAAAUAUGACGAGGUCAUCCAGAAAUGCCAAGCCCCUACAUCCCAGCUCUGCAACGGUUAUCGUUCAUGAAAUCAAUCAUCAAAUGGACACCCCAAAAGUCGACGCUGAAGAUCGUCUAACGCCCAGAAAGUCUUCGCCCGACACAUCCAAAGGUGGAUUCUUGAGGAAGCUUAUCAAGAGAAAAACUAACAGGAAUGCUCGACAACUUGGAGAAGAUAUCGAAAUCGCGGCCACAAACCCCCUUCUCAACCAAUCCCCAGACUCCGAGCACAUACUUGAAUCCGAGGACAUGGAGUACAGCAGUCCACGUAAAUCCCGAUUAGAAGGAAAGAACCAGAACUGGUUUGCCCGCGUUUUCCAGUUCAAACCAGCCACGAGAGUGAUAGCCCUGAAUACCUCCAAAGUCAAGGGCCGCAAAGAGGUGUAUAAAAUGCUUUGUGAAUGGAAGCAGUACGGCGUCCAGGAUAUCCAUCUCGAUAAACCCAACAGCAUCAUCUACGGCAAAAUAGGCGAAUCUAAUUUCCUGCAUCUUCGACCAGUCGAGUUUUCCGCUGACUUCUACACUGUCAUCGAGGACGGCCGACAAGCUAACCUUAGUAUUGUUCGCUUCAAACAAGAGCGUGGUGCAGCCUCAUCCUUUCACAAAGUUGUAGAUACUCUCUACAUGGCCAUGAAGCAGCGCGGUUUGCUGGUUGAGGAUUCUGCGCGCGCAAACAAGAUGGCUCAAGUCCUGGAUGCUUUCCCCAGCUCUUGA